AUGGGUGUGCAACAAAUUUUUGGUCAUGGACCAAGAAGAACACUACAAACACCUACAACAACAAAUGCGACUAUCACACAGCCAUAUCGCUGUGGACUUGCAAAUGCGCCACGGACGCAACUCUGGGAAGCCGACAUCUGGUGUCAACCGCAAACCAAUCUCAACGUCAACGGCAGCAAAGUGGGCGAUAGCAGCGUCGGCACAACAACGUAUGCGUUCACAACCAAUACAACAGAUGCGACCGCAAGUGAAGCUGACAACACUGAGCCAACAACACCAGCGACGGUAUCAACGCUCCAUCAGCCAUACCGCUGUAUGCUGGAGCAGUUCGAUGCGGCAGUGCGGCGAGCGCGCUACAAAUGUCAACCAAUCACGAAGUACGCUGCAACGGGAGCCACUGAGGUGGCGCAAAAUGACCUUGGUGAAGGAUUUGCGGCGACAGUGGCCGAGGAAUCGGAGUCUGGCAGUGUCAUCAGUGCGGACGAUGCCAAUUGCGUAAUAAAUACUGAAGUGCUGGUGCAACAGCUGCGGCAACCGGUGGUCAAUUUUAAUUUGGCACUGGCGAAGCAACAGCCAUUACAGGGUGAUCAUAUUAGUCAUUUAGUUGAUAGUAUUAAUAUUAGUGACACAGCAAAUGCACAAUGCAAAGCAGUACAAAGGCAAUUGCUAUACUGUGAUGAGUCUGCGGCGGCGAAUGGCAUAUUGGAUGAUGGCACACGAUUAGCGCACACAGAUGUCGCCAUGGCGUCCACCACAGACAAUGCAAAUUUCGUUGCAAAUGGUGGCAGUAGUAAUGCUUCCAUAGUAGAUGAUUUCAUUUGUUACCUGCGCAUACAAUACGAGGACCUAACCGCACGGCUUGUGCCGUCACCCGCCAACCAAGCAACGCAAGCCACAGCUGCAUUAGAUGGUUUGCUGCAACACAAUUUGACUGAUAGCAUAAAUGCCGCUGAAAUCGGUGAAAAUCCACUGAGUAGCGCUUGGCAGCAUUUCCUUAACAGCAGUCGCAGUAAAUGGAAUGCCGGCGAUUUGUUGCCACAACUCGGCGCUCAGUUGGUCAACUCAACAGCUGUGCAAGCUAACUACAGUUGGCUGGCGGGCGCUUAUGAUGAUGCGCUCUGGUCGUGGAAUGUCUUUGAUGAGCUCAGCAAUGACAACGAGUCUGUGCCGGUUAGUGUUAGCAGCAGCAGCAGCAGCAGCGAUGUUGGCAGCAGUUCACUGGCAACGCUGUGGGGACCCCGUAAUCUCAGCAACGACUAUGCGUUGAGUAAUAAGCUAACGCGGCAACAUGAUUACGAGUGGAUAUUCCUUUGUGUCAUAUUCUUCAUAUUUGCGGGUGGUCUCGGCAAUAUUCUAGUCUGUUUGGCUGUGGCACGCGAUAAAAAAUUACAAAACGUCACCAACUACUUCCUCUUCUCGCUGGCGAUAGCCGAUCUGCUGGUCAGCCUGUUUGUGAUGCCGCUGGGUGCGAUACCAGCCUUUUUGGGUUACUGGCCGCUCGGCUUCGUUUGGUGUAACAUUUAUGUGACGUGCGAUGUGCUGGCUUGCUCCUCGAGUAUCCUGCACAUGUGUUUCAUCAGUCUGGGACGAUAUUUGGGUAUACGAAAUCCGCUGGGAUCGCGGCAUCGUUCGACGAAACGCUUGGCUGGCAUUAAGAUUGCCAUUGUGUGGGUUAUGGCAAUGAUGGUCUCGAGCUCAAUAACAGUUUUGGGCCUCGUCAAUAAGCACAAUAUCAUGCCGGCUCCGAAUAUUUGCGUCAUAAAUAAUCGCGCAUUCUUCGUGUUCGGCUCGCUGGUGGCGUUCUACAUUCCUAUGCUGAUAAUGCUCACUUCCUAUGCUCUGACAAUACCACUGCUGCGUAAGAAAGCUCGCUUUGCGGCCGAGCAUCCAGAAAGUGAACUCUUUCGACGCUUGGGUGGCCGUUUCACCAUACGACCGCAGCACAGCCAGCAGCAAUUGCAACUGCCCAACAACAGCUUCCGCCGUAGCAACAAUAGUCACACCAGCUACAGCAAAUAUUGUAGCAGCGAUAGCAAUCGCAAUUUCAGCGCCAAAAACGAUGGAGACAUUAGCGCCACGGGCAACGGUGAUUGCGAUAAGCAACAAACGCACGGCUUGCGACACGCCAACACAGCAAACUAUUCGAAUGGUUGUGGCAAAGCGGACGGUGGUGGCAAUAGCUUUGGCGGUGCGCUCUUCAAAUGCCGCACCAGCUUUCGGCGCAGCGGCAUGCGUCACACUUCAUCGGCAUCGGUGCGCAUUAAGUCGCCAACACGCGACACUGGCGGCAUGGAUCGGUUGACGCAAUCGCAAUCGGCACAACACAGCAGCUACUGGCGCACACACGGCAAUCCGAACAUAAUGGACAGCCAUCCCAAUCGACAUGCAUCGGUGCGUGUGAGUGCCUCGCAACCGCAAUUGGGUUAUUCUACAAACAGUGGCACGGCGGGAAGCGCGCUGAUCGGCAGCGCUGGCGGAAACGACAGUGCCCUGCGAAAGGAUGUCAUUAGCAGCAUCAGCGGCAAUACGGCCAACAACAAUGGCAGUAAUAGUGCGUUGCUAUCGAAACAGUACGGCGGCACUUGUGAGCAGAGCACACAGACACCCGAGUCCAUAAUGCGUGAAACACGACGCCACAAGCUGAAAACAUUUAAAUUCUCACUGAAUAAUGUGACAGCGCCAGCGUUGAAUUUGCGCUUCCUGAAUAACCGCAGCAAACGCAAUAGCUUAUCCGCCAAUGCAGUGGCCACCGAACAGAAAGCUACCAAAGUACUCGGCCUGGUCUUUUUCACCUUUGUCCUUUGCUGGUCACCGUUUUUCAUUUUGAACAUCAUUUUCGCCGCUUGCCCCGCAUGUCAAGUGCCCGAACAUGUUGUGGACACAUGCCUCUGGCUCGGUUAUGUUUCAUCAACAAUUAAUCCCAUUAUUUAUACGAUUUUCAAUCGAACAUUUCGUGCGGCUUUCAUACGGCUACUAAAGUGCAAUUGCGAGCGCUCCGGUCGGCCAUCACGCUAUCGCUCCGUCACCGAAGGACGCGGCGCUUUAAGCCUGUGCGCUCCAUCCGCCCUACCGUUGGCCAUUUCAUUUCAAGGUGCACCUUUGAUGACACCAUCAACCACGAAUGCGACACCGUUAAGCGAUUUUCGUGGCAGCUAUACGAUCACAGAUGAUGAGUGUUAAAAUUGAGUUGCACUAACUAGACCAUCAUGGAGGCUGACUGCAAACUGAGCGGCAACGUGGCAAUUAUUAUUUUGACUGAAAAUGACAACAUAAAUAUGCGAGUCGACGCCAUUCAAGGGGCGAAACAACGGCGAAACGACGAAAUGAGAACCAAAACGUAACUAUUGUUACCUACACAUACAUACAUACAUAUAGAGCUCUUGGUAUUCGACAAAACGACUAACCGGAUUAACCGGAGAGGACAUUAUUCGAAUUAUAAUAUGCGACUUGCAGUAUCCGGAUAGCCGUAAGUCGUCAAAUAUCCGAUUAACCGCUCCUUUUCGACUAACCGGUUAACCGUUCGUUGUCGACUAUUCGAAUUGGAAGCAUUCAACUUCUAUAAAUUUUUCACAAAUGUAUAAUAAGCAAAAAGCAAAGGCUGCUUGGAGUUCAAACAAUUUUCAUUUUUUCAAAUACUUGCAGCAGAGCUACUAUUAUACAUACAAACGAUUACCAAACGGAUGUUCGAAUAAUCGGUUUUCAGGUUAUUCGAAUAAUUUUAAGAACACUAACACAUAGAUAUAUCCAUAUAAAUACGAGUUGUGCGAGUGUGUAGUGUGAAGAGAGCGGUGUGUUCGAGCUGGCAAAUACAUUAUGUACGAAUGAUGGUAUGUGCUCACAUACAGGCGUCUAUGGUAUAUUCAGGUGUGGUUGCCAUAUGGUAGUCCAUAGAAAUGCCCACACAUAUACAUACACACAGCCACACUGCCAAAAGUUUAUUAUAACUUUGUUCAUACAGUACCAGCGACUAGCAGUAGACAAUUGAAAAAGUUGGUCAACUCGUGAGGAAAUAUUAAGCAAAGGAUAUGGCGAACUUCUGCAACAAAUAGGUUCGUGUUCCGAAAACAUUUAUUUUAGCAUAUUUUGCUCCAAAAAUACGCUCGUUUCGCUUGCAUAGCAGGCAGUGGGAGUAGCGGUAGAUAGUAAAGGCGAAAGCUCCGUAAUUUCCACAUAAUAUUAGCUAAAAAAAUAAAAAGAAAUAAGAUAGUUUUAUCAUUUACCUGCAGGCAGCGCUAUUUAGGGUUAGUUUUAGACAUCCAUCACGGAAAAUAUGUUAAAGAUUUAGUUUACCCUACUUCGUUGCACUUGAAAGUAAUUUUCCAUUUAGCCUUGCUUAAGCUCUUUUAUAUAUACAUAUACAUAUGUGUAUAUCUCAAUCAGCAGUUAACAGCUGUAAUUGUUUCGUUUUACUGUUAUUCUAAUUAGCGAAAUCGCAACAAGCUGCAGCUGUUUAUGAAGUGAAAACACGCUAAUGAGUUUCGUUGAUUUGUAUGGACCAAUUUUAAAUUUAUUACAACCAUAGUUGCAAUUUUUGUAAACUGAGUUUUAUGGAAGCCUUAGCUGGAAAAAAUAAUAAACAACACUAAAUUAGUCAGCUGUAUUUCACAAUGUUACAAUUUAAAAUAAUAAAAAAAACAGAUUUAAUGAACAAUGA